GAUCAUUUUUGUCAUAGAUCAAAACAUGUUGUAUCAGGUAUAGGGAAUUUCAAGUUCUUGUGAUCUUCGUGCCCUGCAGUUAUGGUAAAGUAAACCGAAGCGAUUGUGGGAUUUUGUCGGUUAUUGGAAUUUGGUAAUUAAUAUUAAAAUAAGCGUCAAAUUCAGUUAAAGAUGGCUGACCGAAGGGCGGAAUUAGAAAGAAAAAAACAAAAGCUUGCAAUGAUAAGGGAAGAAAAAGAACGAAGAAAAAGAGAAAGAGAAGCAAAGGAGAGUGAAGAUGUCCCUAUGCGGGUGACAAGACCAGACAAGGAUUUGAGAACUGAAACAGAAGAAUUAUUGUCUUCACUAGGGAUACCACUAGGAAGUGAGGGAAGUGUGACUCGGUCAUUGAAUGCUACUCCAGAUACAAGUCUUUCUCCUAUUCCUGACCAAAGUUUAUCUUCAACACAAAGUGGGACAGGGCCUGUAAAGAGUUUGAGGAAACAGCCAAAAUUGAGUGUUGUUAGUGUUCAUCAAGCUAAUAUUCCUCCAAAAGAGAGUGUGACUUAUAAUAAACAAACUCAGACAGCAUCAACUACAGUUGACAGAGAAGCUCACCCUUUGGAUUAUUACAUUAUUCAUUGGGAUGAAGAAUGGGAUGAUGAAUUUCAAGUUCUCACUUAUGAUGAUGUGCCAGUGGAGGAGGAAGGUGAAGGCUGCUCACUGCCAUCGAAAAACUUGGAGAGCCCAUCAAUUUAUCCAAGACACAAUACUCCCCACAAAGUUGCAGGACUUCCCAAAGUUGAAAUGGUUCGACCAGCCAGUGCAGCAGAGGGAGAUACCCCAAUGACACCAGGACACACUGAACAACAAAAGGAAGAAAAGAUUAAAGUGGACCUGAGUGAAGAGGAGAAACAGCAAAUUAUGAUGAGUGAAGAAUUCCAUAUCUUCUUUGGCAAAGCUUCUAGAAUUGUUGAGAGAGCACUUUAUGAAGACUUAGACAUAUGUGUGGACUACACAGGAACAGGGGAGGAGCAGGAAGGUGAUGAUAAAAGUGGAAUUAGAUUAUUGCUGAAUCGGUGUUUUACUGAUGAUCGUUGGUCUAAGAAUCGUACAAUUACUAGCUUCGACUGGUCAGCUCAGUUUCCCGAGUUACUGGUGGCAUCUUAUAAUAACAAUGAAGAUGUUCCCCAUGACCCUGAUGGUGUUUGUCUUAUCUGGAAUAUGAAGUUUAAGAAGACCACACCAGAACACAUAUUUCACUGUCAAUCUCCUGUAAUGGCAGCCUGUUUUGCAAAGUUUCAUCCCAAUUUGAUCCUUGGAGGAACAUACUCUGGUCAGAUUGUAUUAUGGGAUAAUCGAAGCAACAAAAGAACUCCAGUUCAAAGGAGUCCUCUUUCUGCAUCAGCUCAUACACAUCCUGUGUAUUGUGUGCAAGUAGUUGGAACCCAAAAUGCUCAUAACCUAAUCAGUAUUUCCACUGAUGGCAAAUUUUGCACUUGGAGCCUUGACAUGCUGUCAGCUCCUCAGGAUACUAUGGAAUUAACCCACCAGAAACAAUCGCGGGCAGUAGCAGUGACUUCUCUUUCUUUUCCAUAUGGGGAAUUUAACAACUUUGUUGUUGGAAGUGAAGAAGGUUCUGUGUAUACAGCAUGUCGUCAUGGGAGUAAAGCAGGGGUGAUGGACAUGUUUGAAGCACACCAAGGCCCAGUGACAGGUGUAGAUACACAUCGGGCCCAAGGCCACAUUGAUUUUUCUCAUCUCUUUUUGACUUCUUCCAUUGAUUGGACAGUGAAACUAUGGAGCUUAAAGGAUACUAAACCUCUCUACUCAUUUGAAGACAAUGGGGAUUAUGUGUAUGAUGUAAGCUGGUCACCUAUUCAUCCAGCUUUGUUUGCUUGCGUUGAUGGCAUGGGUAGAUUAGACGUAUGGAACUUAACUAAUGACACAGAGCUUCCAACAGCCAGUUUGGUUGUUGAUGGAAGUCCAGCAUUGAAUAGGGUGGUAUGGACACCUACUGGUCAUCAGGUGGUUGUAGGUGAUGAUGCAGGAAAAAUCUGGAUAUAUGAUGUUGGGGAACAACUAGCAUCUCCCAAGAGUAAUGAAUGGUCUGUGUUUAUGCAUACGUUACAAGAGUUACAAAAUAAUCAAGUGGACCAGGAUUUGGAUGUCCUUACUUCACUGUCCUCCUCAAUAUUUUCUUCACCAUCUACAGGGAUACGUUGAGUGAAAUUUGUGCGUCGGCAUUCUCAAAUGAUUCACUUCAAGGAAAUUGUUUUGUUGUUUAUGAUCAAUUAAUAAGAAAGUAGUUGGAAUAACUUGCUAACUGGUGGAUUUCAUGUCUGCUACACAAUACAAGCUGGAAAAAUUAAAAUUGUUUUGGACUAGUUUUCGAAACAGAUUUGUCUUAUAGAAUCAUUUUUCUUGUAAAGUAAUAUAAUUGUGUUUUAAAAUGAAAAAACAUCCAUAUUUCUCUUUAUUAAGUUCAUAAAAAACUUUAAUUUGGUUAUGUUAAUAAAGCUAUGUAUUGAUGAAACAUUGUGUUUUCUUACUUGUUUAGAAAGAAUAACCAUUAACAUAUCUGACAUUUGUUAUACUUUAUCUUUCAAAAGUUGCCUGAACAGAAGGACACUUGUUUGACCUUGCUGCAUGCUUUAAUUUGGUUAUGUUAAUAAAGCUAUGCAUUGAUGAAA